UUCUUCUUCCCUUCGAGGACCUCCUCCUUCCUCCUCCCUCCCUCCCUCCCUUCCUACCUCCCUUCUGUUGUGGUUCCUUCCGCGUGACGGCUGAAGAAACAAGGCCCAGAGAGAAGAGAGAGAGGAGGAGGAGGCACAGACGCAAACCGAGCUCCACCGCAGGACGAGACACCGGGCCCGUUGGCGGUGGUGGAAGAGAGAAAGAACCAUUUCAAAGGGUUUGUGUCUCCUCUGAUCUAGGGAAAAAAAAAAGAAGGUAUAUAUAUAUAUAUAUAUAUAUAUAAAGAAAAAAAAGGGGGUUAAUUUGUUGAAAUUACGAUAGAAAUGGAGCAUGAGAGCAUUAACAGCUGGAUAUGGGAUGGAGUUUACUACCACCCGCAUCUAUUCGGUGGCCUAAUGCUUACUGCUGCAUUGCUGGGCUUGUCCACGAGCUACUUUGCGGGCAUUGCGGUCCCGUCACUGCCCUAUUCUUGGUACAGUCAGGGCCUCUUUCACAAGAAGACGAGAGAGAAGAAGCGGAUCCGCGUUUACAUGGAUGGUUGCUUCGAUCUCAUGCACUAUGGCCAUGCCAAUGCCUUGAGGCAGGCCAAGGCGUUGGGAGAUGAAUUGGUUGUGGGGGUUGUGAGUGAUGAGGAGAUUGUAGCCAAUAAGGGCCCCCCAGUUUUGUCCAUGGAGGAAAGGCUGGCACUUGUCAGUGGGUUGAAGUGGGUCGAUGAAGUGAUACCGAAUGCUCCAUAUGCGAUUAAUGAGCAAUUCAUGAGGAGUCUCUUUAAUGAGCAUAAGAUUGAUUACAUUAUACACGGGGAUGAUCCUUGCCUGCUUCCGGAUGGAACAGAUGCUUAUGCUCUAGCCAAAAAAGCCGGUCGCUACAAGCAAAUCAAGCGUACUGAAGGUGUCUCCAGCACAGAUAUUGUAGGAAGGAUACUUUCCUCUGCUGAGCAUACACUAGUCAGCGAAAAAGGUGAUGAAUCAUCUCUUAAUCAUAAGCAAUGUGAGGGAUCCCAUAUUUCUCAAUUUCUGCCUACAUCUCGACGGAUCGUACAAUUUUCCAAUGGAAAGGGUCCUGGUCCAAAUGCUCGAGUUGUUUACAUCGAUGGGGCAUUUGAUCUCUUUCAUGCUGGACAUGUUGAGAUUCUGAAAAGUGCAAGACAACUGGGAGAUUUUCUGUUAGUUGGCAUCUACCCUGACCAUACUGUAAGAGAAUGCAGAGGAAAUAACCACCCUAUCAUGCAUCUACAUGAACGCAGCCUUAGUGUGUUGGCUUGUCGAUAUGUUGAUGAAGUGAUCAUUGGUGCACCUUCGGAGAUCACAAAAGACAUGAUAAUAACAUUUAACAUAUCGCUGGUCGUGCAUGGCACCGUUGCGGAGAGCAAUGCUUCAGCGAUGGUUGGAGCUGAUCCGUAUGCAGUACCUAAGAGCAUGGGAAUCUUCCGAUUACUUGAGAGCCCGAAAGAUAUAACCACCACGUCAAUAGCUCAAAGGAUCGUAGCCAAUCAUGAGGCCUACACGAAACGCAAUGCCAAGAAGACCAAAAGUGAGAAGAAAUAUUAUGCUGAGAAGAAGUAUGUCAGCGGAGAUUAGCUUUCCCUAACAGAUCAUCAUUAUUGGGUAGUUGAGAUUGGGACCCUUGUAUCCUGAUGCCGCCUCCUCGUUGACCCAUCUCAUCUACAGCCCUUUUAUUGGUAGAGAUGCAGGGCGGUUGCUUGCUCAUACAUUUACUCGGUAGGAAGAAGGGACUGGUCUAUGACCCUCUGAUUAGAGAUGCCUAUUUUUUCAAUAUGUUAUUGUUUGUAGCUCUAUCCAGGGUUUCCUGAGAAUCGAAACCUUCCAACGGUAUGCUGACCUCAUAUGUUAUUUUCUACAUUGAAAAUGAGUCAUUGCUUUUACAACUU